ACCUGACUUGUAGAUAGUUAAGCAGCUUAGAUUAUUUGUUGAUCAAUACCGCCGCCAGUCGAACAAUUUAUUGUAGCACCAGGAGUUUGUUGCAAUUGGUGCGUGAUAGAUAUUCAAACAGAUAUUAUAUUCAUAGUAUUAUUUAUUUAAUUUUUUAAAUUAUUAUUAUUAUGGCUAGCGUCGUAACGAAAUUUUCCGAGUUUUUAAAUAGUGUCGUUUCACCUUCAACGUCAGUUGAUGCUCCUUCAGGAAUCAGUGUACAGGGAAGGAGAAUUAUAAGUUUGGAUGAAGUUUCUUGGCAUGACAAAUCUGAGGAUUGUUGGGUUAUUAUUUAUGACAGAGUUUACAACGUUACCGAUUUUCUUGACGAGCAUCCAGGAGGCAGUGAAGUUCUUUUAGAAUACGGCGGGAGAGAAGCUAGUGGAGUUUUCAGAGAUUCUGGACAUAGCGACGAAGCUCUAAAGAGCCUUGAAAAAUAUUGUAUAGGGGAAUUGCCGGUACAUGAAAGAAUUUUCAGGAAACCUGGUAGGCUACAACUGAGAAAUGUGCAAUAAUAAAAAUAUAAACAAUGAUAUUAGUAUGUAAGAGUGUCUACGAUAGUUUUAUAGAUUUUACGUAAAAAAUAUUCCAUAAACACAAUAAAAAGGACUGUUUUGA